GAUGGUGGGGAAAGACAACUUUUGAACGUUGCAACCGUCUAUUGAAUUAAAACUAGGGAUUUUGACCAGUUAUGCUAACUUUUUUGUGAAAAAUUCUUGAAAUGAAGAAAGUUGGUGUGUUACUAACCUUUUUAGGUCUCGCUGUGCAGUUUGUUUGCGCCUCACCUGAAUUAGCGAAAAAGCCAUUUGAAGAUGAUAUCCCAAACAGAGUGGUCGAUGGGAAAAGUGAUAUUCUCUUGGAUCCGGACAUGAAGUACACUUGCUGUAGCAAGGAAGUGGACCGAAGUACUCCAGUAAUCUACUGCUACCGUGCUCAUGAACGAGCCCUUUAUAAGAUUUGGAUGUCGGCGAAGGUGUGGAUUUCACUGGACGUUGACAAGUUUCGGCUAUACUGGGGUAAAGACAAGCUGGAAGUCAUGAAUGAAUUCCAGUACAUGAACUCAAUGUUGAACAUAAACAUGAAUCUCUUAUCGUGGAACCCACCAAAAAUCAUACAUCUUAACCCAUUUAACUCUACCUGCUUUGGCAUUUAUUCCAAACAUGACUAUGAAUUGAAAUUGAAUGAACAAGUUGUAAACCAACAAAGGCAACUGAUGUUUUCUGUUGGAUUAUUCCUUUUUCUGUUUGCUGGGAUACUAUCCAAACAGGACGCAGUAUAUUACUCAAUUUCAACCGCAGCUGGCGUUUUCCUGUUUUCGGCAUUUCUUUUGUACUUCUUCAUCAACCUGAUGCCAAUGAAGAGAGCUACAUCAGUGGGAGUGUUUCUUGGAGGUGGAACCAUCUUCCUCUAUAUAGUCAAUAUGUUGUGGAAUGCGAUAUCUUUAUUCGUUCUACGCCACUCAUUCGUCGUUCAGGUGUACGUCAUUGUAUCAGCUAGUUCCAGUUUUCUUUUCGUUUACAACUACCUACCACCAGACAAUCCCCGAAGAGUUAACACGCUUAAAUGGAUUACCCAGGUUGUCGCUGCAGUGUUGAUGUACAAUAGUUCCCACAAUAUAGGUUAUAUGUUUAUCCUAAUUGUGGUUCUCACAGUGUGCUACUAUGUGCCCAUCAUACAAACAAGUUUUAAUGUGGCCAGGACAGUCACAUUUUUCUGGACUAGAGUUUUGGUAAUAUCAAUAGAGUUCUUCAAAAGAGGAGUUAAGAUGUUGUAUCGUCGUAACCAGCCACCAAAACCUCUCCGUCAUUUGACCGUUGAGGAAUAUCGCCUCCAAGCUAUCCACGAGACCAAAAAAGGUCUAGACAAUUUUAGAAACUACUUGAAAACAGAAGACGGUAUAAGAGCACUAACCCGGCUAGAGAAUUCGUCAACGCCGAGGGUGAUAAGAUUCAUCACAAGGUUAGACGAGCACGUUACUGACGAGGAGCGCCAGACACAUGAUAUGAUGUACCCUGAGCUGACAGAUGAUGAAGACUAACAAAAUACAAAAUUAGUUCUUCUUUUAUUGCCAAAUAGACUUGAAAGUUUAAAGUAUUCAUCCUUUUGACGUUGAAAUGUGCAAUUCAUUUUUUUCACAUUAUUAGGAAUUGCAUUGCAGAAACACUGACCUUUUAGAUUUAAAUUUCCUCUUUUCAUAUUGUUGACCAUGAUAUUUUAGCUUUUGUAGUAGUAGUAGAUUUGUUUUAGCAGUUAAAUGUUAAUAUCUAGUCUGUGGUACCAUACCAGUAAAGACAAUAAUAAGUCAAUUAAAAAGACUGUUAGUAAAUUAUAUGGUACUUACGCUUAAUUGUUGAGUUUUAAGUUUAUAUGCAAUUUUUAUGUAAUUGAAGGGUGGAUGGACCAGACUUAAAUUGAACAAAUUAAUUUUGUCACACAAGCUUUUUUUCUUUUUAACAAUUAUGUAGAAAAUACAUUUGAACAAAUGUGUUUUACAAAUUUGCAGCGAAAUCCCAAAUUAAUUGUAUUGUAUAUACAGUAUAUCUAUGUUCAUUAUAAAAUUUAAAUUAAUUAGAAAAAUUGACUUUGCCUGCCACAUGAAACUUGAGCGCGCACCUUAAAAUGCCACUAUUAGUAAUUCUAAAAAUUACUUCUGGUAGCAAUGAAACAUAAUAUUACUUCACUAAGCUGCUCAUUUGCUUUUUUCCCAAUAACUUUGUAAUUGUUGUUUGUUAAUAAUUUACUGUACAAUUCUACCGGUUUUUCUAAAUUUAAAAUCAAAUUGUAUGCUGUAUAUCGUUCCAUAUAUAUUCUGUAUAUUGUGUCCCUAUGUGAUGUGGAAAGCGAAUAGAGACCUCUUGUCAGGAAUUAUAAUUAAUUUUGAGUUAUAGGUAUAUAUAUAUUUGAAUUGCUUAUUCAAUUCCAAAUCACUUGGUACAAGUCCCAUGCAUCUAUGAUUUUGCUAAAGUUAUAAGACUUUGACAUUUUGUUAUGGAAAAGGGUAAUUUUGAAAAAAAACAACUAUUUUGAAAAUUUCAAAUACACAUAAAAACGCAUAAAAAGUGUUUCUGGUAUUUAAGAAACGAUUUUGGUAUCAAAAGAAAGCUUAAUGUCCUCUUUGGAGGCAAUACCAAUUUUUGUCUUAACUCACAGUAAUUUUCAUUUUAAUAAUUGUUUUAUCGAAGCACGUCGUAAAAAUCAUAUUUCAGAAAAGGGACCUUUUGUCGGCCCUAUGUUAUUUCUCCGUAAGAUAGGAAAAGGUACCUCUUGUCAGGACCGCAAAAUUUUUGAGUGUUUUUGUUCUCCGUAAACUGAACUUUGUUGCAGUUUUCUAAUUUCUACUAGAAUGCAGGAAAAUUCAUUUUUUGGACUAAAGUCUGUUUAUAAAGUGAAUAUUAGAAAUGGGACCUCUUGUCGUUAUGGCAAAAUAACAUUAAGCGACAAGAGGUACCUUUUCUCAGACCGUGCAGAGGCUAACAAAAUGAUUUAUUUUGACCUUUUACAUCUUUAGUUCGAUAUUUUUACCGAUACUAUCCUUUUCUAUUUAAAGGAGGUAUAACAAUCGAUAAAAAACCAAAUUUUGAUAUUUUUGACCUUAAUUGCUAUAUCGGCUGUAACUUGCUGGAAAUUUUGCAUCGCCUACAAGAGGUCCCUUUUUGCUUUCCACAUCACAUAUUGUAACAAACAACUCUCUGACAAUCAUGUAAGAAUGAAAAUUGCAUAAAACCCUCCACCCUUAAAGUUUUAUAGUUGUUUCGUAGUUAAUAUUCUUGUUUCAAUGUAAUGUUUGUUUAAUACUUUGAAUGUUUUUGUAGAAUAAACUUUAUAAGCAAUU